AUGGCAGCUAGAAAUCGCAGAAAAAAUAACAAGAAAAAGUCUCUUUUGGGAACGAGCGCUGCUCAAGAAAAGAACGCGACGUAUGUGCUCGUUGCAGAGGAAUUGCAAGAAAAUACAAUUGAUGUAAACAUGGGUACUGUAGCACCGCCGACGGGACACCACGAGAACUCCAUGCCAGCGAAAGAAUUCAAGCACCAGCAGAAAUUAGAGCCAAUAGACGAACAUGAAGAUGGCGAAGACGAAUUAUUGAUGAAAUUCAAGUCCAUGACAAAAUGCUCGGGUCCCGUUACUGAGGCUGACGUUCAAAAGCUGCUCCUAAGCUAUGCUUUCACAAGCGCUUCAAUCCAGGAGGACGAAAACGAAGAAGACGAAGGAGAAUGGCUUCGCCAUCCUAUUAAAUCGUCGUCGCCAUCCGCUUCUUCUUUGUCCGCCUAUUUCCAAUCCUUCGUCGAAAAAUGCAAACAAGUUUUCUAUAAAUUCAGCCUACAUAUAAUAGAAAAAUUGAGUGCUCUACAAAAUAGCUUAUACGAAGUAUUUUGGAUCAUCGUUAUUUAUGUAAACUACUGGUUCCCCAAUGUGGGCGACUAUUUAAGGUAUGUCUGUCACAACUUUUUCCACAAUAAAGCAAUUGUCAAAUUACUAACAUGCAUUUUUACCUGCAAUCUCAACCAUCUCCACCCAAUGAACAAGCACAAUAUAGAAAGAAGGACCAGCCCUGCAUUUAAAAGGUUGUCUUUUUUACAGUAG